CCGGGCCGGGCCGGGAUGGCGGCGGGGGCGGCGGGGGCGGCGGGGGCCGCGCGGGGCCGGGCCCGGGGCCGCUGACAGCCGCCGCCGCGCCAUGUACGCCAAGGGCAAGGGCUCCGGCGUGCCCUCGGACGGCCAGGCCCGCGAGAAGUUGGCGCUUUACGUCUACGAGUACCUGCUGCACGUGGGGGCGCAGAAAUCCGCCCAGACUUUCUUGUCGGAGAUCCGAUGGGAGAAGAACAUCACGCUGGGGGAGCCCCCCGGCUUCCUGCACUCCUGGUGGUGCGUGUUUUGGGAUCUGUACUGUGCCGCCCCGGAUCGCCGCGAGACCUGCGAGCAUUCCAGCGAGGCCAAAGCCUUCCAUGACUACAGCGCGGCGGCAGCGCCCAGCCCGGUGAUGGGGAACCUGCCCCCCGGGGAUGCCAUGUCCGGGGGUCCCGUGCCCCCCGCCUUCUUCCAGCCCUUCAUGUCCCCCCGCUACCCCGGUGGCCCCCGGCCCCCGCUCCGGAUGCCCAACCAGCCCCCCGUGGGUGUUCCUGGCUCCCAGCCGCUGCUGCCCAACGCCAUGGACCCGGCUGCGCGCUCGCAGGGGCAUCCUGGGAUGGGGGGCCCGAUGCAGCGCAUGAACCCCCCCCGAGGCAUGGCCGGGAUGGGGCCACAGAGCUACGGCAGCGGGAUGCGCCCCCCCCCCAGCUCACUGGCCGGCCCUGGAAUGCCCACCAUGAACAUGGGUCCUGGUGGCCGCGGGCCCUGGCCCAACCCCAACGCCAACUCCAUCGCCUACUCCUCCUCAUCCCCUGGGAAUUACGUGGGCCCUCCUGGGGGUGGCGGCCCCCCCGGCACCCCCAUCCUGCCCAGCCCCGGAGACUCCACCAACUCCAGUGAGAACAUGUACACCAUGAUGAACCCCAUCGGACCCGCGGGGAGCCGGCCCAACUUCCCGAUGGGGCCCGGACCCGAGGGGCCCAUGGGCGGCAUGAGCGCGAUGGAGCCGCACCACAUGAACGGAUCCUUAGGCUCCGGGGACAUGGAUGGGCUGCCAAAGAGCUCCCCCAGUAAUUUGGGGGCCCUGAGCAACCCCCCCGGGACCCCUCGCGACGACGCCGAGCUGAGCAGCAAUUUCCUAAAUCCCUUCCAAAGCGACAGCUACUCGCCCAGCAUGACAAUGAGCGUGUGAGCCCCGCGCCGAGGCCGCCGAAAACAGCCAGACGCCCUCACCCACCACCGAAAAAAAAAAAAAAACCCCAAAAAAAAAACAAAACAAAAAAAAAAAAAAUUCAUUAAUUUUAAUGAUCAGCCCACCCACUCUCCCCUCCCCGUCACACCCAAAUCCCGCCCCCCCACCUUUAUCAGCGCCCCCCCCCUCAAAAUUUUGUCCUGCCCUUCCUUUUUAUUAUUUUUCUUUUUUUUUUUUUUUUUUUUCCAAAUGAACACUAAAACAAAAAAACAAAAAAAAAAAAAAAGCGCGGGAGAAAAGAAAAAAAAAAAAAAAAAAGAAUAAUAAUGAUGAUUAGAAAUAAGUCACGUGACUUAUUUGCUGCCCCCCCUUUCUCACCCCAGAACUGGGACCCCCCCCCCCCCCUCCUCCUUCCAGCACUGGGACCCCCCCCCCAGUUUUCCAGCACUGGGAGCCCCUUUUCCAGUCCUCCCCACUCCCCUGAACUGGGAGCAUUGGGAUUGACCCCCCCAAAAUGCUGGGACCCCAUUUAUUGCCCCCCCCAGCACUGGGACCCCGUUUGUCCCCCCCUCCUCCAGCACUGGGGACCCCCCCCCCCAUUCCCACCCGCGGGGUCGGUGCUGGGAGGGGGGUCUGGCACUGGGGGGGUGCUGAGGGGGUUUUUGGGGUGUUUUGCCCUCCCACCAAGCCUGGGGAGGGGGAUUUUUUUGGGGGGGUUUCAUGGCAUUGUGCCCCCCCUCCCCUCCAUGGCAGGUGGUGCCAAUCCCUCCCUCCCCCAAUUUUGGGGGGGGGGUUUCACUGAGCUGUGCGCCCCCUCCCAGUUCUCCCAGUGCCCCCCCAAACCACUGAAUCCUGGAAAAGGGGGGGGGGGCAGAACCAGCACAGCCCCCUCCCCAAAAUCCGAGCUGUGCUGGGGGAGGGGGAAUGAUGGGGGGGUGGGGCCAAGCCGUGACCCCCCCGUGGAGCGCCCCCCGCCCCCCCAGCGCCGAGCAGCCCCCCCAGCCCCGUCUGUGUGCUCAGCCAGCACUGUGACCCCCGGCCCCCCCCGAGCGCCAGACCGGGGCCCCCC